UGUCCGGUUCUGUCCGGCCUAGCCCGGCCCGGCGUCUCCUCAGCGUCCCGCCAUGGCGCUGCUGCGGGCGGCCGCGCUUCCCGCUGAGGGGUCUCCGGCCUGGCUGCCCACUCACGUCCAGGUGACGGUGGUGCGGGCCCGCGGGCUGCGGUGCAAGGGCGGCGGCAAGCCGGGCACCAGCGACGCCUACACCAUCAUCCAGCUGGGCCGCGAGAAGUACAGCACCUCGGUGGCCGAGAAGAGCACCGGCAACCCCGAAUGGCGGGAGGAGUGCGCCUUCGAGCUGCCCCCCGAGCUGGGCACCCCGGCGGGCCAGGCCCGCGGUGGCCUGGUGCUCACCGUCAUGCACCGGGCCCUGGUGGGCAUGGACCGCUUCCUGGGCCAGGCCCUGGUGCCCCUGGAACCCGCCCUGCAGCAGGGCCGUGCCCCCGACGAGCGGUGGUACAAGCUACACUCCAAGGCUGGGAAGAAGGAGAAGGAGCGUGGUGAGAUCCUGGUGAGCAUCCAGUUUACACGCAACAACCUCACGGCCAGCAUGUUCGACCUGUCCAUGAAGGACAAGCCGCGGUCGCCCUUCGGCAAGCUGAAGGACAAGGUGAAAGGCAAGAAGAAAUACGACUUGGAGUCAGCCUCUGCUAUCAUCCCCAGCAGCAUGGGCGCCCUCGACAUGGAGGAUGACUACGACAUUGGGGGCAAGAAGUCCAAAGUCAAGGGCUUCUUCUUGAAGAACAAGCUGCGCAAGUCAUCCCUGACGCAAUCCAACACCUCCCUGGGAUCCGACAGCACCAUCUCUUCUGCCAGCCUGGGCUUGGCUGCAAAUGUUCCCGAGGUAACCAAAUCCCCGAGCAGACACAGCAGUCUGUCCACGGAGCGCUCUGUGAAAGACUACUUGCCAUCUCCAAAGCUGACCCACAAGAGAGCAUUCAGUGACGAUGUCUCCCAAGUCAGCCCGGUCCUGGAGCCCAAAGCAAUCCAAAGCCUGAAGCCAAAGAACGAUCCCGUGUCCCGGUCUUCCCUCUGCAUCAAUGGGAGCCACGUUUACAGCGACGAGCCUGCACCAAAGAGCCCCGCGUCUGUCCCGCAGAGCUCUGCGCCGCUGGCCGUGCCCAGCGUCCCCAGACGGCAGGAGGAGGGCUUUGGCUUCACUCCCCUCCAUCCCGACUCCCACGAGGUGCCUUGGGGGCUGAGCAACUUUGAGAGGACGCAGCAGAGAGACGAGCCCAGGUUCAUCCCCUCUCCUCCCAGCUUAGCCUUGCAAGAAGAGCUCAAGGUCUCCACGAAAGCCGUCACUCUCAGUAACCAUCUGGGCAGAGCCAAGAUGGAAGAAAACAGUCGCUUAGAGAACAAGCCGACUCAAGCUGCAACACCCAUGGUCUUCUCCACGGAAAUGACGAAGGACAAACAACCUGAGGAAACGAGGAAAGAAGACAAGAAAGCGAAGGGCGGCCUCUUCCACCACGGGGGCAACAAGAGCGACGUGGGGAGCAAAGGCCAGGGGGAGAAAGUGGGACCCUCCCACGGCUCGUCCGUCCACACGACGGCAGGGGGAGAGGAGAGGAAUAAAACCAGCGUUUGGUUUGGUUCAAAGGAGCCCAAAGAGUCCCCUCAGAAACCCAGUUUCCCGUCUGGGCCGCAUGCUUCAACAGAGGUCGCUGGGAACUUUUAUUCCUCUGAGGAUUGCAGUCCCUCUGCCUCCCUAAGACAUAAAGACCCGGAGAGGGAGUCUCCAGCCAAAAGUGUUGGUGUCCCCGUUCCAGAAACUACUCCCCCAUCACAAGGAGACCUUCCUCCUCCGGACGAGAAACCCGCUGUCCCUCCUCCCCUCUCGGAGUGGGACGAUACUUUCGAUGCCUUUGCGACCAGCAGGCUCAAACCAGAACUGAAGAAGGAAAACUUCUUCACUUCAGUGGCGGCAGAGGGCAUGGCUUUCAUCGACGAUCCCGAUGCAGCCAGCCCAACGGAAAGAUCGGCUGAGCCGGCUCGCGAGAAGGGGACAAAGGUAUUUGAAAAGGCUGAUUCACAAAUCGGCAGUGAAAUGCCCGCAACUCUACGGUCUUGGACAAAUUUCUCCAGUUUAGAUGUGGGGGCAAACUUGGUGAGCACAACCCAGGAAGCAACUGUGAUAGAGGAUGUGCUGAGCCCUGUGUCUGCAGGGUCGAUGGGAAGGAGGAGGAAAAGCAGCACGCCUACGGUUUGGACAGCUGCGUUUGCAUUGGGAAAUCCAGGGGAAAAAGAGGCUUCAACACCACUAACUGCUGAAAAUAGUGCUAGGGAGGAAGGGGACAGUAAUGAGGAGGAACCCUCUAGUGCAGGGACAAAUGGAUGGAUGACCAUAGCCACCGAAACCGCUCCUGACCUGUCAGAGAGCUCCCAAAGCGUGGCUGAGCAGGAGCGCGUGGGUCAGGAGAGUGCGUGAAGCGAAGCGAAGAGCGGAUCUUGCACCGCCACUUGCGUGUUGCCCAGAAGCACCUUUGCCUCCGAGCUCGCCUCCGAAACCCUGCCAGGCAGCAAUGUGGCGGCCGUGCCCCCGCGGGUGCUCGCAGAUGUGGCAGCACGACAGUUCCCCAUGGCCCCUGAGCCAGGGACGGAGCCCCAGGGUGCUGGUAGCGAGGAGGAAGCGUUCGACAUACGGACUUCAGUCUACCGGCUCCAGGCUAGCAUGCGGCUCGAGGCCAGCGAAAGCCGUGUAAAACUCAGCUCCGACAUUCACGAGAGGCGCGUCGUCCUCUCUCCGUGGACAGGUACCAGAGAGAGGGAGGAGAUGGCGGCCGGCUCGGCCGCGCCACCCCCCAAACCUCCGAGGUGGUUCGCAGCCGCGGGUGGCGGAGGGGACGGUGAGGAGGAGGAUGCUUGCGACCCGCAGCUGAGGCAGCGAGGCAGCAAGGAGCCAUGCGAAGACGCAGAGAGCUCGAAAGCAGACGCGGAGCUGCCGAGGAGCCGUCUGAGCAGCGAGCCCUCUGUCCAAGCGUCUCCCAGCCUGCCCGCACUGGGAGUGGAUGUAGCUGAAGCCAGGAGCGAGUUCCCAGUCUCCAAGGAUGCCGAAUCAGCCGCUGCGGACUCAGCAGCUAAUUUGGAGGCGACAGCUAGCGAGCUGGCAAAAGGGGACACCUCUUUGGGGGAAGACCGGUCAGAGAUGAAUGAGACGGAUGCAGCUGAGCAGUUCAAGACUUGCCCAUCGAAGUUCUCCCUAGAUGGAUUAGGCCAGUCGGGUGCUAAGGAGAGCUGGAGCCAGCCAGGUUUAUCUCCUCUGAUGGGGGCCGCAGACGGUGCCGAGUGGGAGAUGGCCUCUGAACAGGAGCCGUUCCCUGAGGAGCUCAGUAUGUCGGGACUAAACCCGCCUUCCAAGUUAGACCUGGGCCAGCCAGAAAUCUUCUGGACGGCUCCGGAAGAGCCGGAGGCAGCCGGUCACCCCGUGGGUUUCGGCCCAGCGGAACGACCCCAAAGGUUAGCGUGUGGGGAGAGUCCACCCCAGCCAGAGCCGGCGUGGGGUGAUGGUGAGGGGCGGCACGGGCCGGCGGCUGGCCCUGCUGGGCGAGCGGGAGGCCAGCCUGAGCCUUGCACCUCCGUGGCAGUGGCCGGCCCUUCCCGGGAGGCAGAGCAGGGCAGACCCCCCGCCAGCGAGCCCGAGGGGCCGUGGCGCCGAUGCUCGGCAGACAGCAGGAUAGACUUCAAGAAGGCUGAUUUCUGGAAGCCAGAUAGGGCGGAGGAGAGGCGCGAGCAGGACGCUUCAGCCCCGAGAAAUCCCUUUGCUCCGGCACUCAGCCCAAAUGCCCCCAGCAAUCCCUUUGUGGAGAAGCCACCAGAGCCCCUCCCUGUUCAAGCUGUGCUGCCCGAAAGGCUUGGUCAGGGAGGCUUCAGCUUCACCAGCCUCCACGAGGAAGCCCUUGGGCAAGGCUUCCAGCCCACUAACCUCCCCGGGGACCCGCUAGGCAAGCCUCCUUUCCUGCAUGACAGCCAGCCCUUGGCCUUCUCCACCCCUUUCCUUGUGGCUGCAACUAACCCUAAACACAGCGGGGUCCCUGCCGCGACCAGCCGCGCAGCCGCCCAGCCCUGCCCUUUGCCGCAGUCCGGUGACACACAAGCUUCAGCGCUCGUGGUUUUGCCCAGGGAGACACAGCCAGCUGAGAAGCCCUUUUUCCAGCAGACGACCAGUCCUCACCCAGUGAAACCCAUCAGCGCUGCGGUGCAAGAGGUCUCCAGUGAGAAGAAACAGCAGCACAAGUCCAGCCUGACGACCGCUCUGAGCAAUGGCCUGGAGAAGCUGAAGACAGUGACCACGAGCAGUGUCCAGCCUGUGGCCCCGUCCUCUCACCCAGAGAAAACGGACUCAAAGAAGUUAAAGGAUCCCACCGUACUGGACCAGUCAGCCAAGUAUUAUCACUUGACCCACGAUGAACUCAUCCAGCUCCUGCUGCAGAGAGAGAAGGAGCUGAGCAAGAAGGAGGAGCACAUCCAUGAACUGGAGAACUACAUUGACCAGCUGCUGGUGCGCAUCAUGGAACAGUCUCCCACCCUCCUCCAGAUCCCGCUGGGGGAAAGCAAGGCCAAGUAACCUCUCCCCAGAGACCAGCAUCACUUGCCUAGAGCACUUCUCCAAUAAACACGCUGCAAACAUCCCUGCAUUCCCCCCUCCUCUUACAAGAGGGCUCCAGUGGCUUCUGUUCGCAGAGUUUAGCAGGAAAGGUUAUCUGCUCCUUUCCAGCCCAAGCUUAUCCCGGCUCUGGCUCCAGGGAACUAUAGGGUGAUGGGCUGUCAUCCACCCUAUGGGGAGGAGCAGAGCCCUCCACAUGAGGCAGAUGCCUCCUUAGGUUCCUGUCGUCGUGACCAAGUGGCAUCUUCUCAGGCACUCAUCCUGCCAAUGCUUUAAGUGGUCCAUGGACAUUUGAGAGCUGGAAACCAACCACCUCGCCCAUGUCUUCAUCCUGCUACUGCUGCUCUUCUGCUCACCCUCUUCCACAUCUCUUUUCUCUGAAGUGGUGUACCCUGGCUGAUGGAUGGUGUUAAAUUGGUCGAUGACAUCAGGGAUGCUUAAACUCAGUAAGGCUCUACCAGCAUGUUACUGUCCGCUGAGCCUGCUCGGCAGGGCAGCUAGGGGAAGGGACUACUGUUGGAUGCCUCUUUCCCUUCCUGCCCUAUACGUUGUACCCCCAAAUGAAGGGUCUCCGUCUAAAGAGCCAGCUCCAAGUUGUGCCAGUACCUGACCGUAUGGGAGAUGCUCCGCAAAGCAACAGCGCCGGAGUCGCAGGCUGUAAAGGACUCAAGCCGACGUCACUGCCUGACUGUGAGCGGCGGCGAUUCCUUCUCUGCGUGCAUGCAGAGUCGUGAUGCUGCCUCGCUUACCCAGCUCAAAACUGAACUCGCAAUAUGGGAGAAGGGCCAGUGAUGGUUUGUGCACCAUCAGUACUGCAGGAGAUCUUCCUGCACACCACCAAACCCGUUACCGGGCUGGCUGGCACCACUAUGCCCUGGGGAGGACUCCUGUAUGUAUAAACCACAGCUGAAUUUUCUACUCAGUAUUACUUUUCCUGCGUCCACAGGAAUUGCUUUCCACUGGCUGCCCCCCACCAUUGACUUUACGUCAUCUUUCUCCACACAACAGGAAAAUGCCAUCGGGACCGAAGCUCGUGUGCAGAGAUGGAUGUCUGACCGCCCGGCCACCUCUAUGCAUGACAUCCUGCUAGGUCAGGCAUCCGUCAAACACCCUCUGUUGAAGCUAGCAAUUCAGUAAUCGUCGCAGACCCCCUUCAAGCCAGUAUUAGUACCAAACACCGCUCAAAUUGUAUCGCAUCUACACGCCAGCGUCAGGUCUCUGGUGGCUUGGGCCCACCCUUAAGCGUUGUAGGCCAGCUCUCUCGGGAGUUGAAUGCUUCUUGCUGCUAACUGUUAAGUGACCAUCCAAAGGCCUCUGAUUUACGCGGUUUAACAGCCGUAGAUGAUGUUAGCCUGAGGCUGGUGAGCGAUGCUCCUGGCCGCACCGGAGUACAGCGCAGUUUUUGAUUUGGAGAUGCCGUGGAAGGGUAUAGGAAGGAAGUUGCUCCCUCUCUCGUUCUGCCAGGAUUUUGGUGAGAGAAGGUGCCUGUGCAGGCAGAGGGUCAGUUGGUGUGGGACUUGAGCUGUCUUGACAUGUAAGGCCUCUUCUCUCUCCUGUAGAUCUCCCAAAGUUACUGGAUUCUUUUAAAACCUUCAUAUUCUUUUCUCCUUACUUGCUUCAAUAUAUACCACGACUUUGAAAAAUCGUGCCUUUUGCAAUAGGACAAUAGCAGUUCCCUACCAAAAAAGGCUCUGAAAUCCAGUUCUCAAUUCAACGCAACCCGUCUUGGGCAGCUUUCUCUUCUGUGUGCCUGCUAAUCUGAACUAGGUGAGUUUAUUUUGAAGCGCAGACAGCAGCGCCUUCGCGCCCCGGCGUGCAGGUUGCUUUGGGUCUUCGGCAGGAGUUCUGCACGGGCAGCUCACGUGACGUGGGAGGCAGAGAUAUUAAGAGAUCACACUGAGGGAAGAGCAGGCCGAAUGUUCUAAGACAAAAUACAACUGGAUAAGGACAGCAUUGGGUCCUGUUCGAAGUCUGAGGUUGGAGAAGCAGGCUGUCGAGGUGAGAGCUAUCGGGGGAAAAGGAGAUUUAGUGUUGCUGUCUUUGACGAUGUUUGGUCAUAUCUAGCCUGUAGACCAUCGUAUGAGGAGGAAGAUUUGUUACCUGGGAAGAUACCGGCCCUGAGCCUUUAGUUCCUACCUGCCUUUGCCCCUAGUUAGAAGUAAUCUGGGGUUUUGCACUUCUCUACCUGCGUCUUUAUGUUCCUCCUCCCUCUGUGUGUCUCGGGUGCGGGGACUUUUUUUCUGGUGUAAGAAAGACCUGAGGGUCUGAGGGAAGGUGUUUCUCCCAUUUUAGAAAGUACCAGAAACCUCUCUCUGCCUAUAUAAUCAAAAGAUCCCAUGGCCUGAGAACUAGAUUCCCUUUCUGGGUGCCUGUCUCUCGUGGAGAAGCUCUCCCUUUUACCUGAAGGCGGGCAGGGAGGAGUUGUGGACAGCUAGAAAGCAAUCCAGCGUCAGAAGAGCGACGUGGCACGGGAAGGAGGGCUGGGAGAAGGGGCAGCCCCGCCGACGGGCAGGGAUGCUGAGCGGUGAAGGCUUACAUCAGGCGGGCAUUAGUAAGGGGCAGGCGAAAUCUCACCCGAGAGCCAGCGGCCUGCGCUGGCUCUCUGCUCCCUGAAAAAUAGCUCCUUCCUGGGACUUCUCCCCCGGCAGCCAUCGGCGUUGUAGGUGCUCCCCACACACAAGUGCCAAUGUUUAUAAGGAUCUUGCUGCACCUCCUCCCUGCCUCCUCCCCCUCCUCUUCCAUCGCGUUUCACCGCCUCCCUAAUCCCCCUUCUGCCUUAGUCAGCUCGGCCUUUUAUUUCUCCAAAGCUUGAAUGUUUUGCACUUGAAUAUACAAUCUCAGAGCUACAGCAGGCCGUAUCGGGCGUACGGCCUUUUCAGCAAUACGUGCUUCCUCCCAUGACCUGCCUCCGUUGCAGCGGAGCAACGCAGUCCCCGACCUGCCUUCCACCGCAGGAGCCCGCGCCGUCUCGGAGGAGGCUGGAGCAAGCAGAGCUAAAACGCUCUUGCCUUGACUUUCUGAUAGCAGAGCAUCUCCAAAGGGCCGAGGCGGGGGUACGGCACGGGUACCUUGGCAUCGCACGUGAUGGGGCGGGGGGCUACGGAAAAAAACCAAGCAGUGAAGACAGCCAAGGCUGCCCUGAUGGUUCGUGUCUGUCCUCGAGUGUUUAGAAGUCCAGAGGUAUCUACAGAUGAUGACUUGUGCUUAGGAAAAGGCAUCUUGAAAGAUGCUUCUGUCUUCGUUCUCUGUUUCUCCACCCCGCCGUCCUGCAAAUGUGGGUUUUUUUCCCCCACAACACAGUUUUUAUUCUCCGCGUAAGAGCAAGCAAGCUCGGCUACACCACACAACAGCACUGAAGCCGGAGUCUGUAUAAGUUUUUUGUUAAAACCUCUAAGUUAGCAGAGGGAAAUGCUUUUGAGGACGUAGAUGUUUUCUUGUAGAGGGGGGGAUGAGAAAAAGAAGCAGGGGAAAUGUUCUCAAGUUGCUCAUGUCCCAGAUCUCCAUAUUUAGCAAUUUAUUUGCAAAAACAGGGAGGCGAGCAGCACUGGUGGUCCGUAUGCAGGGUCACACGCCGAGGUCUGUCGCUCUUUGCCGAACGGAGCAGACGAAAGGGUUUUGUUGGGCCAGCAGCAGCUUUUCACCGGUGCCGUUUUAAACACGGCCGUAACAAUUACUCCGUGUUUUUGCCUCCUGGUCUGUCUUUCUCUUUCCGCGCUCAAGCUGUUUCACAAGGUCUUCCGCAGGGUGCUGUUGCUCACAGCUGUCCUCUGCUUUUGUUGUCAGCCCACAGCUGGGUUUCUUGCUUUUAAAGAACUCUGGCCAAGUGAUUUAUUUUUGCCUUGACUGGUUCU